AUGAUGCUCCUCCCAUUCGCGCUCAUCACCUUGGCAGCAGCGGACGCGACCCUCGGCGUCGCGGAGUCGCUGCGCGGCGGCGUCUGGCGCGAGGCGCUCAAGGACUACGCAUCGAUCGCGCGCGAGGAGCGCAAGAAGGGCGCCAAGGGCAAGUACGUCGUCGCCUUCGCCGACGACUACGGGCUGGGCAACCGCGUCAACGUCGUCGUCAGCUCCCUAGCGCUGGCCGUGGCGAGCGGGCGGGCGCUCGCCAUCGUCUGGCCGCGCGUCGACUGCCGGCACUCGCACCGGGAGAACUGCGACCCGACGUCCGUCGACGACCUCUUCGUCGAAGCGAACGUGAGCUGGGGUUUGAACAAGCACAUCGCGCCGCACGUCGUCAAGUGCCGCGACGACCGCGACCGCAAGCGCAAGACGCUGGACCGCUGGGCCAUGGCGGACCCGAACGACCGGAAGACGGCCGACCACUACCGGAAACUCGACUUCGACGCGUCCUGGCGCGGGGACGACCGCGUGCUGUGCACCUACGGCUAUUUCUACUGGGGCUGGGCGCUCGCAUCUCCGCGGUCGCUGGAACCUGCACCCGACGAAGGGCGGGUCGCCGACUGGCUGCUCGCGCCGUCGCGCGCGGUCGCGAAGCGCGUCCACGCCAUCCUCGGGAAGGAGACGUGCGACGUCGGCGUGCACCUGCGGCGCGCCGACGACCGCGUGCGAGGCGCGAACGUCUUCAACCCGAAGUGGGUCGCGGUCCUGGAGGCGCAGCUCGACGCGUUACCGCGCGACGCGCGCGUCUUCAUCGCCGCGGACCACGAGUCGGCCCACACCAAGGUCAAGCUCGUCGACGUCGUGCGGUCCCGCGGCGGCGCGCUCCUAGGCACGGACAAGGCGACGGCGAACCGCGACAGCGACGGCGGCAUCUACGACGCCCUGGCGGAGAACUACGCGCUGUCGUCGUGCGGCGAGCUCCUGCCGCGGGGCACGGGCGCGUCGACGUUCCACGACAUGGCCGUGGCCCGCGCGGCCUUCGAGCAGGCCUGGAACGACUCGCGGACGGCGGCGUUCGCCGCGCGGCACAAGGACCACCCCGCGCGGCCGCUCAUCAGCCCGGCGCUUUGCGCGGACCUCCAGCCGCCGGAGAACCGGAGUACUAGUGUAAAUACAAGAACGAUGGCUGGCUUCCGACACGUCCUCCUCGCCACGCUCGCUUCCCAUGUCGCCGGCGAGCCGGACAAGUUCCCGCCCUGGAACCCGGCGCCCAUCACACUCGCGAAGCUUAACAUCGACGAGGCGUCGGUCUCCGUCGCGGGCUGCUCCCACGCCGGGGACUUUGCGCACCAGUUCCACGUCGCCUUCAGCCAGACCGUGAAGAACGCCUGCGUCUUCAGCGGGCAGCCCUUCCACUGCGCCGUCCAGGCCUUCCAGGGCGAGGACCAGGUCGUCGCCACGCCCGAGUCGUCCGUGCCGUACUGCGAGGGCUGCGCGGCGGGCAUGACGCUGGCCUAUGACCACUGCAAGAACCACCCGCAGCACGUCGACGUCGGUCGCCUGCCGGACUACCCGAAGCGCGCGUGCGGCCAGAACCCCAUCAACCCGCACCCGCCGCCGGGCUGCAUCGACCUGACCGGGAACUUGUCGGAGAGCCGCGUCUUCCUCUUCCACCCGUCCAUGGACCAGUGCUACCUGGACGGCGCGGUCGCGAACACGGCGGCGCUCUAUUCGAUUCUCGUCGCGGAGCCCCAGAGGACCGUGAAAUUCGUCGACGUCCAGCCGUUCCCGCACUGCCUGCCGCAGAACUCGACGCCCUACUGGGGCAACUCGUCGGAGCCGUCGGGCUACGACGGGCCCGGCGAAUGCCUGAAGCACAUCUACGGCCACGAGACGCCGCUGGCGCCCGUGAAGAAUUGGACGACGGCGCCGGGCGCUUUACAAAACAACACGUACGUCUUCGACCAGCUCGAGUUCAUCGAGCGGGACCCGGACCUCAACGGCACGGGAGUGGGGCCCGCGGGCGCCAUCUAUAUCCCCACGGCCUGCCAGGCCGGCGCGGCCGCGUGCAAGCUGCUCCUGCUCACGAACGGCUGCGGCGGCUCCGUCGCGCCGAAUCUGUCCAGCUCGGACUGGGACUUCGCGCGGUGGGGCGAGUCCAACGACAUCAUCCUGCUCAAGGCCUGCGUCGGCGGCCACGUCGACGUCGACCGCUUCCCGAACAGCUACGAGCUCCAGCGCGGACUUUUAGACGUGUACGGGCAGACGGGCCUCGACUACUCGAAGCAGUUCGCGCCCCACAUGCGCUUCGUCUACGCCGUGCUCCAGCGCGUGCUCCGGCCGGUGGGCAGCCCAUUCGAAAACAUGGAGGCGAAGGGCGAGGCCAAGUCCGAGGCCGGCGGCAAGGCCGAGGGCGGCGGUCCGCCGAACACGGUCGUCAUCAACCUGCUGAACUUCGCCAUGCGCGUCGUCCACGAGGAGAUGGCCGGCUUCUUCGACGACCACUGCUCGCUCUGGGACUACGGCGAGGAGGAGCUCAAGGCCAUCAUGGCCGGCGGCGGCGAGACGCUGGAGCAGCACGCCAUCUUCACCAAGUACCUCGAGCUCAUCAACGGCCACCUCGACGGCUUCGCGCGGUCCGCGGGCUACACGUCCGCCAAGGACGUCUUCGAGGCCGUCGAGGCGGCCGUCGAGCACGACAAGAAGCAGCGGGAGAAGAUGAUGGCGGAGAUGAACACCAUGUUCGCCCAGAUGCGCCUCAAGGUCAAGGAGAAGGAGGCCAAGGCCGAGGAGAAGGAGGGCGCCAAGGGCGGCGACGACGGCGACGACGGCGGCGCCAAGGCCGAGGCCAAGGGCGAGGCCAAGGCGACGGCCCGGGGCAAGGCCGGCGGCCCGGGCCUCACGCUCUUCUCCCAGCCCAUCGGCCUCGAGUACCUCCUCGAUAGCGUGCUGAACCUCGCGGAGUACGAGACGCUGCGCAUGAUGAUGAUCAUGAAGGCGCGGGAGCGGCGCAUGUACCGCCAGCUCGCGGAGCGGGGCGAGCGGCGCCGGCGCCUCGCGGCGGCGCGGCGCGAGGACCUCGUGGCGGGCUGCCCACCGCGCGUCGUCGUGCAGCAGUACGAGGCGCUGAAGGCGCGCCUCGCGGAGAUGACGCCGCACCGGAAGGACCUGCACGAGGAGCUCGACGCGGGCAUGGCGUCGGCGAAGCUCGAGGACGACGCGGACCGCGGCGGCGCCGCCGACGGGACCUGCUACGACUACCCCGUCGACUUCCUCGUCAAGGUGUCGUCGCCGACGGCCGCGGAGGCGUUCAAGGCGACCGCGGAGCGCCUCCGCGAGGACCGCGGCACGCACGUCGCCUACCUCGCGGCCAUCCACGACCACAUCGACGCCAUCCACGACAACAUCGAGCAGUGCAUGCUCGCCGCGCGCCGCGACCCCGUCUCCGGGGGCGCCGCGCCCGCCGCGGACGCCAAGGCGACGCGCGCGGACGCCAAGGGGUGA